AGAGAGAGAGAGAGAGAGAGAGAGAGAGACGAGAGCCCGAAGCUGAGGAGAGGUGUUCUAGGUCGCAGUCGCACGUUUGACUUGUGGUCUGAAAUACUACUAUUACUAACAGAAAGCAAAAUGAAAACGUGUCCGUAAAAUCCACCGAAAAUUUUCGGAGAUGAACUAAAAAGUAGUAGUAGUAGCAAGGAAAAACGCACAGAAUUUUCCGACAAAUCUCAUCUUGAAUACGGUGGAUCUGGUCCGUGAGAAAGAGGUAGGCUCCACUCACGUGUUUCUCUCUCUCUCUCUCUCUCUCUCUCUCUCUCUCUCUUUGUGCUAAAUUUAGCGGUGGACUAUUAUUAGCCUUUUGAUUUUGAAGCUAAUCAUGAUAAACCUAUUCUAAUAGUAAUCUCUCUCUCCUCUCUGCUUUUUUUUUUGAUCUCCGGAGAUAAUUAAUAGCGUCUCCGAUUCACUUCCUCUGUUUCGUUUCUGGAAUUUCCAGAUACCUACUUGGCUGUCAUUAGCAGUUAGCACUUUAUCGUAAUGGAGGAUGUGAAAAAGGCUGGAGAUAAUUUUCCCCUGGAAUCCGCUGUACCUUCACAAUUACCUUCCCAGAACAAGGAUGAUAAUCAAGUCCCAACUAAGUUAACUAACCAACAUACUAAUGAACAAGCGGAAGCCGACACUAAGGGAUUGGUGAUGAAUGGUUCUACAUCAAUGUUACAAGAUGAAACAGGAGAGGCUGUGAUGGAAGAUACAGCCAAAGUCGAGCAAACUGCUUCAAUUCCGACAGACAAGCCUCCGGGGACAUUGGAUUCUCAAAAAGAGGAAACAGAAGCGAAACCAGACACAUUAGACCCACAAAAAGAAGGAAAUGUAAAUAGUAUCAGUGAAUCCAUUCCAUCCUGUACUUCAGAAGCAAAACCAGAUGAUUCUUUGCAGGAGCAAUCUGAAGUAGUAUCAUCACAUCAGGCUGCUUUUAAAACGGCAGAUCCCAUUGACGCUUCUAAACGUCUUAAGAAGGUUGUCACCAACAGAGGUCAGAUUGAUACAGCAGCACCUUUUGAAUCUGUUAAAGCGGCUGUUUCCAUGUUUGGGGGAAUCGUGGAUUGGAAGGCGCAUAGAGUCCAGACAGUUGAGAGGCGCAAGCUUAUAGAAGAAGAACUGGAGAAAACACAGGAAGAUAUCCCAAUGUAUAAAGUACAGUCCCAGGCAGCUGAAGAUGCAAAAUAUCAAGUGUUGAACGAGCUGGAGAGCACUAAGAGACUCAUCGAAGAAUUGAAACUCAACCUCGAACGAGCACAAACCCAAGAGCAACAAGCCAAACAGGACUCCGAACUAGCAAAACUCCGGGCUGAAGAGAUGGAGCAAGGGAUCGCUGAUGAUGCCAGCGUGGCGGCGAAGGCCCAGCUCGAGGUGGCCCGGGCCCGCCACAUGGCUGCCGUUUCAGAGCUCAAAUCUGUAAAAGACGAAUUGGAACAACUCCGCAAAGAUUACGCAUUAUUGGUGAAUGAGAAAAAUCUAGCUGUCAAAAGAGCAGAGGAGGCUGUUUCUGCUUCCAAAGAAGUUGAGAGAACAGUAGAGGAACUGACAAUCGAACUGAUAGCCACUAAGGAAUCAUUGGAAUCAGCCCACGCGGCCCAUUUGGAGGCGGAGGAGCAUAGGAUUGGAGCUGUUAUGGCAAGAGAGCAAGAUAGUCUCAAUUGGGAAAAGGAAUUGAAGCUAGCAGAAGAGGAGCUAGAGAGACUAAACAAGCAGAUUUUGUCAUCAAAGGAUCUCAAAUCAAAACUAGACACUGCUUCGGCAUUGCUCAUGGAAUUAAAAGCAGAAUUAGCAGCUUAUAUGGAAUCAAAACUGAAACAGGAAACUGGCAUAGGGGAGUUAGAAGGAUCGGAGGAGAAAACCCACAGUGGCAUACAAGCAGCGGUUGGCUCAGUGAAGAAGGAACUUGAAGAAGUGAGACUCAAAAUAGAGAAAGCCACUGAGGAAGUAAAAUUCUUGAAGGUGGCCACCACAUCAUUGAAAUUGGAGCUGGAGGAGGAAAAGUCGGCACUUGCCUCCAUGAAUCAGAGGGAAGGGAUGGCAGAGGUGGCAGUUGCAUCUCUAGAGUCGGAGCUGAGCAGGGUUAAGUCGGAGAUUGCCAUAGUCCAGAUGAGAGAGAAGGAAUGGAGAGAGAAGAUGGUGGAGCUGCCGAAGCAACUACACGAGGCAGCUCAUGAAGCAGAUGAAGCCAAGUCGAUGGCCCAAGCGGCCCGCGAGGAAUUGCGAAAGGCGAAGGAAGAAGCAGAGCAAGCAAAGGCGGGAGCAAGUACUGUAGAGAGUAGACUACUGGCAGCAAGAAAGGAGAUAGAGGCGGCAAAGGCGGCAGAGAAGCUGGCGUUGGCAGCAAUCAAUGCUUUGAAGGAGAGUGAAUCAGCUCAAACCUCCACCAACAAUGUUGAUUCCCCUCCUGGAGUCACGCUGUCUCUGGAGGAGUACUAUGAGCUUAGCAAACGAGCUCAUGACGCGGAGGAGCAGGCUAAUAUUAGGGUGACUACCGCAGUCUCUGAAAUUGAUAUCGCCAAGGAAUCUGAGUUGAGAAGCUUGAAAAGGUUGGAGGAAGUGAACGAUGAGAUGGCAGCGCAAAAGGAGGCGCUUCAAAAGGCGUUGCAGAAGGCUGAGAAGGCACAGGAAGGGAAGUUGGGGGUAGAACAAGAAUUGAGAAAGUGGAGGGCGGAGCACGAACAAAGGCGAAAAGCGGGUGAAGCGGUUCGUGGGGUAGUAAACACGAUAAAUCCGAAUAAGAGCAGCUUUGAGGAGAGAAAAGAAACUAAAAGCUUUGUACAAGUGCCAGAUUCUGCUGUACCACCAGUUUAUCAGAGAUUGAGCCCAAAGGCAUAUGUGCCCGGAAGUAACACUGAAACUGAAUCGUCUCCAGAAGUUAAGAUGGUGAAGAAGAAGAAAAGGUCGUUCUUCCCUCGGAUUUUCAUGUUCCUGGCAAAAAGGAAAGCGCAGCAACCGAAGUCAAUGUAAUCUUCCACGUCGGUAUUGUGUUCGGCCUUUUCUUUAUUUUUCUUGGCAGUGAAAUAGAAAAUUGAAUACAUUCUGAAAGGUUUUCUCUGUUGUAAAUGUUGGGUUUUCAGUUCUGUAUAAUAAGCUUAUAUCAUUAUAUUCUUCAUGGAGGGUCUGCAAGGAUUUAAUAAGUUUGAUUUUUGUGCUUGAUCUGGGAAAGAGAGAGAGAAUGGGGUGGUUUUGUUAUGUAUCUAUCUUUUGUAACACUCAAAACAUUACUCCUGUUGUUUUUGUAUGUGAUUCUUGCAAAGCUUGAUGUAAAUAAAGAAUUUGACUUCUCUGGGAUCA